CUGCCUCUUACGGUUUAUUAUCCCCCCCCCUCUUUAGUCUAAUUGAAUUAACAAACUUAAACAUAAACUCGAAACACAGUGAUUUAAUUGUUCUCUUGGUUACAUCAGAAGGGAAAACGGUAUCUGAAGCUUCUUUAGCUCCAUUGCUGCUUGUAUUUCCGCAUUGAAGGUGGAGACUUGCUGUGUUACGUUUAGGGAAGUUGCUCAAUAACGGAAAUCCACAAUUUUAGAAACUGCUUUCAGUCAGGGUUCUGAUGUUCCGUUUUUAAAGGUGUAUUUUAAGGACGACACGGACAACCCAUAACAAAAACACACCCAUACCAGCGUUUUAACUCAGACAGUUAACACACUAAUUGAUUUUGUGUCGGUAGUCCCACUUAAAAUGAAUAAUUCAGUGACUUCCUCUACUUACAUCCGCAACCUCAGGUAUAGUUUACUUCGCAAGCUGUCCGACUUUUUGGACCCUCAAGACAGGUGGAAAGAUGUGAUUGUGUCGAUACGGAAGCCGGGCGGGGAGUUUAAAUACACACAGCACCACGUGAGGAGAUUUGAGGGCCUCAUUGCUCAGGGCAAGAGUCCAACAGUGGAGCUGCUGUCAGACUGGGGGACCGCCAACAGUACAGUGGGUGAACUUGUGGACAUCUUAAAGAGUAACAAGUUAUUGGCUGCUGCUUGUCUUCUGCUACCUGAUGCUGUAGAAGAGUGUGUGCCUGCAGUAACACAGCUGGCCCCUGCACCAGUUCAAACAUACAAUGACUGUCCUACAAGACUACUGGAAGACAGAGAUCCACAGACAUCACCUGACAGCCCGGUGCUGCCAACACAGUCUCCACUGGAAAGCACUGAAGAAGGCCAACCAGGUUUCUCCAGUUUCUUGUACAAUGAGCUGAUGAGGAUUACAGGCAACUUUGACGACCGGCCCAUAUCAGAUGGCGGCUGCAGGCUCGGAGAGGGAGGCUUUGGCACUGUAUACAAAGGUCUCCUAAAUGACAAACCUGUUGCAGUUAAAAAACUCAGUCCAGGGGAUGACGUUUCCAUAGAUGAGCUGCGGGUGCAAUUUGACCAAGAGAUACAAACUCUGAGAGUGUUGACACAUGAGAAUUUGGUCGACAUGGUGGGAUUUUCUUGUGAUGGACAGCACCCAUGUUUGGUGUACGCGCUCAUGUGCAAUGGGUCUCUACUAGACCGGCUAGCUUGCUUGGAAGGAAGCCCUCCACUCUCCUGGCGACAGAGAUGUUCAAUAGCUGAAGGGACAGCAAGAGGCUUGGAGUAUCUGCAUAACAAUCAUCAUUUCCACAGAGAUGUUAAAAGCGCAAAUAUCCUGUUGGAUGAAAACUUUGUGGCAAAGAUCUCUGACUUUGGGCUGACAAGAGCAUCGGCCAAGCAUACAUUGACCACCAUGAUGACGGAGAGGGUUGUGGGUACCCGUGCAUACAUGGCACCCGAGGCGCUGAGAGGACAGAUCACUGCGAAAUCUGACGUCUUCAGCUUUGGAGUGGUGUUGUUAGAAUUAUUGUCUGGACUCCCGCCAGCCGCUGAAAACCGUGAGCCCCAGUUCCUGAUGGAUAUAAGGGAUGAUAUAGAUGAUGAAGAAGAGGACCUGACUUUGGAGGACUUCCUGGACAAGAAGAUGGGAGACUGGGAGCUGAGCCAUGUGGAGAGUAUCUACUCUUUAGCCUGUAACUGUCUCCACGAGAGGAAAAACAGACGGCCAGUCAUCAAACAGGUUCUGCUGGAGAUCAAAGGAGUGGUCAAAAACAUCUCUGUGGAUUUGUUGGUACUGCAGUGAAACAUCCCGGAGAAGAUUUCUGAGCCUCAUGUAUUUACAGUGUAUCAACUGACUGACCAAAAAUUAUAUAUUUUUUAUAAAUGUUCUCUUUAUGAUGUUUUUUCUUCCAGUUUUUAUGUUUUUUAAAUUUUAUUUUGAAAAAGA